CGCGCGAUAUGGUCGAGCUCUACGUACAGUCGAAAAAGAGGUCCGCGUCGAAGGACUACAUGCCGUGAGUCUCCGCCUCGAUGAAAUGUGCGACCGAGGCGAAGGAUCCCGUCCAAAUGCCUGUUCUCCUGCGACGGGAGCGCUCUUUGCUCCAAGGAGCAGACGGACACAAACUUCUAACGCGCUACGAACUGCCGUCCACGUUCGUGGUCGUAGAGUCCAGAUUGACCCAAGUCUUUGCAGGUUCAUGGCCCAUGAUCGCCAUGCAGGGACGAGCUGUCGCUUUUGCCCCAGCUACAGUACUCCCGCACGCUGCGCAUGCACGUCGCCUUCUCAGCACCCCAGACCAUUGGUCAAUCACCCCUCUUGGGUUUCUUGGUCUCAGCAUCCAAAGUUUUGUGACAGAUUCGUGGGUUGAUUUUCCGUACGCGAAGAGCACGCCAGAUCCGACUGCUUUCUGCACCUGUGCGCACACCCGUGAUCUCUCUAUCGUCCAGCUCGUUGCCCGGCCCAUCCUCUCUCAUGGUCCAGCUUCGUUCUUCUUGUUCGCUUGUCUUCGUCGUCAAGCCGUCAGAACCAUAGCUCUCCGUCACCGAUCAACAAUGGCAGCAGAGGAGCCUCCUUGGUGGAGCAAAUUUCCGCAGCCGGAACGCUCCCCGCCCUUGUACUCGAAGGAGGACCUGCUGCGCCAAUUCCAGAUCUUGGGCGAUGUCCUGAACGCCGGAACGCUAAUCAUCGAUGUACGGAGGACGGACUAUGAGGGCGGCUGUAUUCGCAACUCACUCAAUAUCCCGGCCCAGUCUUUCUAUCAGAACAUGGCUACGCUAUACCGCCUUUGCAAAGGUGAUGGUGUAAGCGUCAUUAGCAGAGUUAUGUUCUACUGUGGAUCUUCAUCGGGUCGUGGACCCCGCUGCGCAGGCUGGUUCGCGGACUACGUCGCUAUGCGCAGUCAAGCAGAGGGCGUCCCCGAAAACAUGGCAGAGCCUCAGGUCUAUGUUCUCGAAGGUGGGAUCAAAGGAUGGGUGGCCGGUGGUGCGCCUUUCCGGGCGUUGGUGGAUGGGUACGACGAAAAUUAUUGGUUGCAAUUUGCGGAGGUGAAGACUGCGGGAAAGAGGAUCAUGGACAGAGAUACUGCGGCCGAUGACAUGGAUACAGAUAUGGACGGUACAAAUGAUGGGCCUGAGCCUAAAAGAAAGAUACUCCCUCUGCCUGGGCAAAGAGGCGGCUAGGCGACUGACAGGCAAUCGGGUAUCACUUGAGUAUUAAACGAUGCUUUGCAUCUUCUCUACA